AUAACUCCGAUUUGGAUGCAUAGGUUGUUUGUGUUCGAAUUGACCUGUGUCUCAUGGCUGAUACCACAUGGAACCUUUCUGAAGCGCUAGCUCUUAAUCGUGGGUCUUUUAUUUUGAUAUGUACAAGCUGAAAGACGUUUGCCCCCCAUAAAUGCGUCAUUGUCUAUUGGAAACACUUUUUUUUCUAGUGCCAACAUUUAGAUGGCUUUAAAAGCUGUGUUAAAGUUCGUUAUUUCAAUGACUCUGCAAGUCAUUGCUAUUUUGUCUGGUAAUUUUGUUUGUACGUCUAGAGGUCUUUUUUGUGGUGGACGAUGAACUAGCGACAAUUUGACAUACUGGCCAGAUUUCUCACUUCAUUUUAUCUAUUUUUCUUACCAUGUCAUUUUUUGGUGCGCUGGGACAGCUGCCAGACAUUACUAUUGUCAAGUUGAAAACGCAAAAAAUUUACCUACAAAUUGUUUUAGCCAUUAGAAUGUCGCUAGCGGUAAGGUCACGAUCAAUUUGCUGACAGAGAUGAAGGCCAAGCAAAGAAAUAAUUAUAAAAUUAUAGAAAUAAUUUCAUAGCUUAACCGAUAAAAUCACCUCUGCCUAGGCAGCGCAAGUAAACCAAGUUUUGGACCGACCAUUUGAUGUCUGACGGGGAGGGUAUUGAAUCGACCAUUUGAUGUCUGACGGGGAGGGUAUGGAAUCGACCAUUUGAUGUCUGACGGGGAGGGUAUGAAAUCGACCAUUUGAUGUCUGACGGGGAGGGUAUGGAAUCGACCAUUUGAUAUCUGACGGGGAUGUACCAUACUUUCUAAUUUCUUUCUUUUCGAUUUGGAUUAAUAACUUUGUUUGUAACUCGUCUUCCGAUAUUAUGUCCUACUAAUUCUUGAUUGAUUGGCGUGCCGAUGACAGGUGAUUUAAUAUUGAAUUUCCGCACACAUAGACGCUAGAAUCCAUAUAGUGAUGCCUCCUGUGCGCUUCGAUUACUUUUUAACCAGGCAUGACAUGUACAACAGAGACCAUUCUUAUCAACUACACUCGACUCUUAUCUGUUUUUUUGCUAUCUGUCUGGAAAAUAAUUGCCCGGCGAUUUAGAUGCAAAUGUAGUUCACGGGGGUCCUCAAGUGUUAGAGAGAGUUUAAUACAUACAUGAAUCGAUAUCUUUCUACGGGUUUUGCAAUCCAUAUUGGCUUCUAUUCAAGUUGCCCUAUUUUUCCCAAGGCUUCUUUCGACCAGCUUAUCCUCUCAUAUCAUAUCAUUACGGAGAUGAAUGACAUUAGCAUACUUGCACGCCAAGGAUUAGAAGUUCACGGUGACGAUAGCCUAACUACAUCACAUCGAUAAAGGGUCAUUCGAACGCAAAGUCCCAAGUUGAAAUCAUUUCUUCUUGAGCUAAUGAUAAAGUUUAUGAUAACGAAGUACGGGGGACGAAAGGAGUUGCUCCACGCCAUGCCAUGCGUCCUCGCGGCACUAGUGCUCAUAGCACUCACCCCUUGCACUUCCAUCAUCCCGACGCGAGCGGACGACUCAACCGAUCAGCCCAUACACUGCAACGUGCACGCUCGAGCCACGUGCCACCAGUACCGUCACAUGGGUCACUAUGACGUCACGUGUGACGUCACUAAAUACGACACGUGUGGGCAGAUCUGCAACAGCGCCAAGUGCAACCUGCAGUGCGCUGUGAAGCAAGAAUGCAACCAGACGUGCAUAGCGGGCCGAUGUGUGUCAGCGGUGUGCAGCUCGCGCAUGUGCAAUCAGACCUGUAUCCGCGCCGGAUGUAAGAUGGAGUGUUAUGGGGAGGAAUGUCACCAGACCUGUCAAUCAUCCGGCUGUGACGUCACGUGUCCGGCGGCCUCUAAGGUGUGCGUACAGGUGUGUAUUACGGGAAGAUGUACCAUGCGAUGCGGACGCGGCGUCGGGAGAUGCGAGCAGAAGUGCUUGGCCGGGAAGUGCGCGAUGAUCUGUGAAGCGCGCGAAUGCGUAAGCACGUGCAGUGAUAGUGAUUGCGUGUACAAGGAAUCAGGAAUCAGGGUCGUCCCUACGAGCCCUUACCGGCCAAUGCGCCAAUGCAACAAGCCCGAUGACUCCGAGACGUGUAUUCAGAACUGCACUGAGGGUCGCUGUAAAUUGGCGAACUUGUACGGCCAGUACGAUCGAUCCUUACAGGUCUGCGCAGGGGGGUACUGUUCCUAUGUAUGUAAGGCCCCCCUACUGUGUAACCAGGUCUGCACCGGCGGGAACUGCAUGCGAUACUCCUGCACGACUGAGUACUGCGUGCAGGAAUGCGUGGCUGGCGAAUGUGAGAUGGACUGCGACUCGAAGACAUGUUUCCAGAUCGCGCGUGGUGGUCGUACUACCAUGCGUUGUUCACCUACCGUGGAUAAAUGCCACCAGUUCUGCCCUGGCGGCGAUUGCAACUUGAUCUGUCAGGCGAAGCUAUGCUAUCCCCAUUGCCCAUCGGGAGGUUGCGUGACUUCUAACAUUAAACCUCGGAUCGUUGCUCUACCGACGCGCGUGCGUUGCGAGGUCAUAUCAGGGGGGUGUAGUCAAAACUGCCAUACCAAGAGGAGUUGUAUCUGCAGACGGUUUUCCGCGUUGUUCCAUUCGUGCGAUCAGCUGUGCUAUGAGGGCUCGUGCCGCAGUAUGAAGUGCUACUCGUUGAACAAGUGUAACCAGGUAUGCGAAGACGGGCGCUGUCAGCUCAUGCUCUGUAAGUCCGACCUGUGUGUGCAAGACUGUCGAGGCGCUGAUUGCUUCAUGGAGUGCCGGGCGCGUAAUUGUACUCAGCUGUGUCCACGUGGGGGCUGUCGCAUGAGAUGCACAUCACGCGUGGACAAGUGCGUGCAAGCGUGUAACCCGCGCGAGGGCCAAUGUAGGUUCGAGUGUCACGCAAAGUCGUGCUCAGUGACAAUGUUGUAGUUUGAUACGCGUCUUGUGUACGCGUGGACAAGUACGUUCAACCCGCGCGAUGGCUAGAGGCGGUUUUAGCGCCAAGCGAAGUCAUGCAAAGCAUUGGUUUGUGUAUCACGCAAAGCCGAUACCACAGAUGCAUUCGAAGAUUUACUUUGACAUAUUUUUAUUUCUCUUUUGUAACAAUUGUGACGACUGCCCUAUGGUGACUAUAUAAAUAGGGACACAAGCAAACUAUUCGUUAUACCAAAGCUGUAAUUUUAAUUGUCAGAAGUCUGUCAAAGAAUGCGGUAUAUUUCACCCAGGCUGGUUAGCGUUCCUUAGGGAAACGCCCGGUAGUGAAGAUAGCAAAGAUGUCGGUAAAUAACUUUUGCUCAAGAAUAUAUCAGCUUUUUUAUGAAAUAUAAACAUUGGAAUAUCCAAAUAAUAAUAAUAAUAAUAAUAAUAAUAAUAAUAAUAAUAAUAAUAAUAAUAAUAAUAAUAAUAAUAAUAAUAAUAAUAAUAAUAAUAGCAAUAAUAAUAGCAAUAAUAAUAAUAAUAAUAAUAAUAAUAGCAAUAAUAAUUAAUUAAUAGUUCCUGUACGAAAAUGUAGCGCACAUGAUUCAAUGCCCCGUCUACACGAGCAAUUUUUCUGUGGCAAUUCUAAUGUAACAAAUUCUAACUACCGUCGUGUAGACAGGGCUCAAGCACAUUGUUCUCAUACCUGACAAGUGCGCAUGUACUCUAAGUAAAGCAUUGCCCAAAUGCCGAAAAAAUAUAAUCCAGCGAUUCAAUUAUUUUUAUAUAUAGAUAUAAAGGACCAACACUACUUAUAUAAGGCAAUUAUUCUCAUACCUGACCAGUGCGCCUGUACUUUAUGUAAGACCAUGCAUUGUUCUCAUACCUGACUCAGUGGGCCUGUACUUUAUGUAAGACCAUUGUUCUCAUACCUGACUCAGUGGGCCUGUACUUUAU